CUGAAUCGUAACCCCCAAAUUGUGGAUGGACUAGUUGUUUCACUUUCAUCCUCCGCAUUCCGGUCGCUCCAGCCAACAUCUCUCUCUCCCGACGAUCUCAGCAUCCAUCCACAGAUGGCGAAACCCGCGUCUGCCGCCGGAGCCACUCUCCUCCAAACUCUCCGUCGCUACAUUAAAAAGCCAUGGGAGAUAACGGGACCUUGCGCGGACCCGGAAUACAAGCAUGCCAUCCCGAAAGCCACUGAGUAUCGCCUUGAGUGCCCCGCCACAACCAAGCUGAAGGCCAUCGUGCCCACCUCCGAACCUGAAACCGUUUUCGACAUCAAGUACCACACAAGGGAUCAGCGCCGGAACCGUCCACCGAUCAAGCGCACGGUUUUGAAGAAGGCCGAUGUUGUUAAGAUGAUGAAGGAGCAGACCUUCGGGGUUGCCGAUUUCCCUCCCGUUUAUUUGACGGGAGCGAUGGAGGAGGAUAUCAACACCCGAGGCGGUGGCUACCAGAAAUGAGGGAAGAGAUCAUCAACAUAACUGUGGAUCUUGGCUGUGUAGCUGGUAGGGAGUUCCAGGGUUUGCCCAUCAAUAAGAUCAGCUACUGGCAACUAGCAUUUCACAUUUCAUAUAUCUUGAUUCGGAUCCUCUGCUUCGAACAUUUAAAUAUUCCAAAUGCGAUUGCAGUUGGUAUGGAAGAAUAGUUACAGACCUAUGACACAGGAUAUUUGUUUGGUCAAUUAUCAAAAAGCUUGUAUUUACUUUAUUGUCACCUGCCGUAACUUCAGUGUUUCUGUUUUUUGCCUUGUUCAGCAUUUUGUAAAAGCAUGCUGACAGUGAUUUCUGGUGUCUUUGUGCUGCUUUAAU